ACAUGGUCGCCACCUGCCGUUAAACGAACAGUAGAAGAAGAAGCUGCAUGAGGACACACAUAGCAUUAGCUAGCAGUGUCGGUAGCUUUUGUUACUUUUCAUGAUUAUUUAAGCGAAUUUAAGGAGUUAAACCUGCGCUAACGUCUUGGUUUAUGAGAGUGGAUAUUGUUUAUUCCGUUGCCAUGCCAACAGGAAGACGUUUAUUCUUUAUUUAGUUGUUAAGGAGAAGCUAACUAAGCUAACAACGUCUCUUUGUUAUUGACUUUUUUUAUAUGGUUUCGCUGCGUUUAAUCACCUUUAUUUAGUGUCUAAUGAUGAAACCCGGCCCUGUUUCCUCUCGGUGCAUCUGCUGACAGUGAUGUUAAAGCUCACUGGACUCUUUAGGAGAGGUCUAACUUUAAGGAGGACUGGAGGACAUUGCAGCUCUGCAGAAGACAUGGCGAAGGGUUACUACGCAGUGAGGAAAGGAGUCAAACCUGGUGUCUACUAUUCAUGGGACGAGUGUAAGAAGCAGGUGGAAAAGUUCCCGGCCGCCGCUUUCAAGAAGUUUGCAUCAGAGAAAGAUGCGUGGGCGUUCGUCAGAGGAGUCGAUCCGUCUCCUAUUCCAGACGUGAAGAAAGUGUCUAAGAGUAUCGAGCCGUCCGUCAAUAUGCUCCCUAAAAGAGGCCCGGAGCCUCUGAUGUACAUCCCUCUGGGUAAGAAGAGAUGUCACUCAGAGGAAGGAGAGGAGGAGUCCCAACGCAAACGAGUCAAACCGACAGAAAGCUCGACGCCUGAGAGCUCGACGUCAGUGAGUGCAGACGGCUUUACGUACAUGGGUGACGCUGUGGUCGUUUACACUGACGGCUGCUGUUUGGCCAACGGCAAGACCGGAGCUAAAGCCGGCAUCGGAGUGUACUGGGGCCACAACCACCCGCUAAAUGUUGGCGACCGGUUGCACGGACGACAAACCAACCAGCGCGCAGAGUUGCAGGCAGCCUGCAGAGCGCUGCAACAAGCCAAAGAGGAGAAGAUAAAGAAGUUGGUUCUCUACACAGACAGCAAGUUCACGAUCAACGGUGUUACCAGCUGGGUGAAAGACUGGAAGCGUAACGGCUGGAGGCUGAAGUCUGGAGGUGCGAUCACCAACAAAGACGACUUUGUGAAGCUGGACAGACUGAACUCAGAGGUGGAGGUAGUCUGGUUGCAUAUUCCCGGUCACGCCGGCUACAGAGGCAACGAGGAGGCCGACAGACUGUCGAGAGAAGGAGCAGUGAAGCCUUUAAAGGAAAAACAAGACGACGACGAUGAUGAUUGUAGUUAGUUCAUCAUUUAAUGCUGCAGGACUGAUCGUGUGGAUUGGCAGCGUUUGUGACCAAGAGGUGUG